UUUUCGAAAUCGCUGAUUGGCUGAAGUCAUGACGGAAGUAAAUAGGAAAUGCUUUGAUAUUUUACAGUAAGGUGGAGAUUAAAACAACAUAAAUAGACACUUCACAGCUCUAAUUAUGAGGAGAGUCACACUGUUUGUAAAUGGAACUUCGCACAAUGGCAAGGUGGUGGCAGUUUAUGGAACUCUGGCUGAUCUACUGUCAGUUGGAAGCACAAAAUUUGGAAUAAAAGCUGCAAGUAUAUACAAUGGCAAAGGGGGUCUUAUUGAUGAUAUAGCCCUCAUAAGAGAUGAUGAUGUCCUGUAUAUAUCGGAAGGAGACUCUUUUGUUGAUCCACCAAAUAAUCCAGAGAGUCUGCAGGAGUUUCACUCAUGGGCACACACAGAUUGGAUAACUCUGAAUGUAGGAGGUCGACGCUUCACUACCACACGGAGUACUUUGGUCAAAGAACCAGAGAGCAUGUUGGCCCACAUGUUCAGAGACAAGGAUAUUUGGGGAAACAAACAGGAUGAGCAGGGGGCGUAUCUCAUAGACCGCAGUCCGGAUUACUUUGAGCCCAUACUAAACUACCUAAGACAUGGACAACUCAUUAUCAAUGAUGGGAUUAAUAUACUGGGUGUGCUUGAAGAAGCUCGUUUCUUUGGGAUUGAGCGUCUCGCUGAACAACUUGAAGGUGUUAUUAAGAAUUCCCUGCCUCCUGAUGACCACUCGCCCAUCUCCCGAAAAGAAUUUGUGCGUUUCUUGCUCGCCACGCCAACUAAAUCAGAACUACGCUGUCAGGGCCUGAAUUUCAGUGGUGCCGAUCUCUCUCGUCUUGACCUGCGUUAUAUCAACUUCAAGAUGGCCAACCUUAGCCGCUGUAACCUCACACAUGCCAACCUCUGUGGUACCAACCUGGAAAGGGCAGAUCUUUCUAAUGCCAAUCUGGAUGGUGCCAAUUUACAGGGUGUGAAAAUGCUUUGCACCAAUGCAGAAGGGGCGUCUCUUAAAGGCUGCAAUUUUGAAGAUCCUGCAGGACUUAAAGCGAAUCUAGAGGGUGCCAAUCUAAAGGGGGUGGAUAUGGAGGGCAGUCAGAUGACGGGGAUAAACCUCCGUGUUGCCACGCUGAAGAACGCCAAGCUCAAGAACUGUAACCUACGGGGUGCAACUUUGGCAGGGACCGACUUAGAGAACUGUGACCUGUCUGGCUGUGACCUUCAAGAGGCAAACCUGCGAGGCUCAAACGUUAAAGGGGCCAUUUUUGAGGAGAUGUUGACCCCGCUGCACAUGUCUCAGAGUGUCAGAUAGCCACAUUCACUCACUGCUGUCCCUCUUUAAUGCAUCUUGACUGAUACUGCAUCCUCUUCAAAGAGCAGCUUUAAUAAAACCUACCUGCAAACCUGUUGACUGUUAUGUGACCUUGAUCAUAUCAAUAUUAUGUUCAUCUGCUGUCUACUGUUGCCUAAAGAGCAUUUGUUUGGAUUUAUCGCAUUAUAUUGGAAGCUGUUUGCUAUUGAUUACUCAAUGCAGAGCACACAAUUGUAAUUUGACAAGUUGGUUUGACAAGAACUUUUAAAUUGGAAUAAAAAGUGCAAGCUUGUGUUUUUGAAUGUGAUAUUCUUUUUUUAUAUUUGUGCAAAGUCUGUAUAUGCAUCACUGCUGGUCUGUGAAAUGAACAUCUGAUGUUUGUGUUUCUGCAUAUGAUUCUGAUUUUGGAAUGUUGCUUUUCUGGGCUUGUAAUUGUAUACAUUUUCAUAUGUGCUAUGUUGUUUGCUAAGUUCACUGUUAUGUGGCUUUUGUCUUGGCUGUGCUGCAUGCAAGUUAGCAGACUUUUUUUUUUUUACUUGAAAAUAUAGCCAUUUUACAGGUUCACUGUUACUAUAGUGUUAGCCAGGAACCUGCUGGUUUUGUAUCAUCUGUACUGUUGAGACCCAAUAAAGCCAAACACUGGAAAUGAGAGAAAAUCCUGCAAGAUUUUUGA